AUGAGUUCGAGCGGAGAAGAAGAAGAGGUAGGCCCUUCAGUCGAUUCUAAUGACAAAGAAGAGAGAAUAGCAGCAAGACGAUUACGAAUUCAGAGAAGAAUUGAAGCAGCAAAGAGAGACCCAAAUGAUCCAGGGGACAAUAAAGAAAUCAAAGAGGAGCUCAAACAAGAGGCUAAAUCUGGUGCAGAGAGGUUUGAGGAAAUAACAAAGAAAUGGGAGUCUGCUCUUCAGAAAGAAGUGCCACAAUCAUUACAUGAAAUGUUGAUGCAGCAGAAAACGUCUUGUGAUGCUAUGAUUGAUGAGAAAAAUAAACUUAUCAAUGAUUUCCAACUAGAAUUGAAAAACAAAGAUGAUUUAUAUGUUAAAGAUUUGAAGAAAAUGGCUGAGGAUGUUGAUUUGAUGAUAGAAAGAAUGAAUGAACAAAUUAAAAAUCUGAAAAAGGCUCAAAGAGAGGAGUUGGAACAAGAUGAACGAGCUUUUGUUGCUGAAAGAAAUGAGCUAUUAGAACAACAAAAAAAG